AUGGCUGGAAACAAUAACAGCAACACCACCAAGAACGACUCGAAGAGCGACAACGGCAAAGUCAUCCCCAAGAGGUUCAACGGAAACCGCUACCACUACCAGGCAUUCCGCGAUGCCGUCGAUCUCUUCUUCAUCACAGACGACAAACACGACACCGACCAGAAGAAGAUCGCCUUCGUCCCACAAUAUUACAUAGACCUCUACAUAUGGUAG